AUGUCUUCCCAGCAGCAGCAGCAGCAGCAGUGCCUGCCCCAGACGAUCCAACAGCAGCAGGUGAAGCAGCCGUGUCAGCCACCCCCUGUCAAAUGUCAAGAGACUUGUGCACCUAAAACCAAGGAUCCAUGUGCUCCCCAGGCCAAGAAGCAAUGUCCACCCAAGGGCACAGCCAUCCCAGCCCAGCAGAAGUGUCCCACAACACAGCAAGCCCCCAAGAGUAGAUAG